UAUUACUGAAAUGACAUUUUGAAUAUCAGUGGAACAAAUAUUUGUCAUUCAUUUUUGGAUACGUUCAUUAACAUUUGAAAUCAUACAUGAAAUUUUGAUUUAAAUGAGAAUUAUCCUUUAAAUUAAUUACCUUAUUCAAAUAAGUACUUAUUAAAUAUUUAAAAAAUGGAUGAACCAUCAACAAGUUCUGAUGUUUGUAAGAAACUAUCAUAUUCAAUACAUUCUUAUUCAAGUUACCUGCCAAAUUAUAUUCCAGAGAAUAUUUUACAAAAUAAUCAAGAAGAUCAGAGUUCUAGAUGGUCAUCAAUGUCUAAUAGUCCACCACAAUACUUAAUUCUUAAAUUAAAAAAUACCUCUAUUGUAAAAUAUAUAAAAUUUGGAAAGUACGAACGACCUCAUGUAUGUAACUUGAAAAGAUUUAAAGUGUUUGGUGGAUUAGAAGAUGAUACAAAAAUUGAACUAUUGUAUAGUGGACUAAGUAAUAACAGUGAUUUAGAAACAUUCAAUCUACGUUUUGAAUUUGAAAAAUACUCAAUGAUACCCAUAAGAUAUAUAAGAAUAGAACCACUUGAAUCUUGGGGUUCAAAUUUUAAUUACAGUCUUUGGUAUGUAGAAUUACAUGGUCUUGAUGAUCCAAAUACAGUCUCAAAUGAGAUUAUUAAAUUUUAUAGAUAUCGUGAAGAAAUAUUAAUACGUUUGUGUUUGAAACAUUUUCGACGUUGUCAUUAUGACUCAGCUGUUUCUGCUUUAUUACAAAAUUCCAAAAUAACUUUGGAACAUCCUUUAUUAUCUGAUCUUUUUAAUAUAAUAGUUACUGAUGGAAACUAUGAAUUGGCUGAAUCUUCAAUGGACAAAGCAAUAACAGAAGGUUUGUUAGAAAAUUACAUGGAACGUCAGAGUUUUAAACCUAUUUGGGAAAUGGUUAAAGAAUUUGAUUAUUCUAGUAAAAAAAGACCAUGUAUGCGUGGUGGCCAUCAAAUGUGUAUUGAUUCCCAAACCAGUAUUAUUUAUUUACUCGGUGGUUGGAAUGGACAUAAAGAUUUAUCUGAUUUAUGGAGUUUUAAUAUCACAACAGGAGUUUGGAGAUGUAUAUCUAAUAAUGUAGAAGAAUGUAGUGGACCAAGUCCAAGGUCAUGUCAUAAAAUGUGUAUUGAUAUAGAGAGGAAACAUAUUUUUGUUUUAGGACGAUUUUGUGAUAUUCAAUUUCAUCCUAAUAAUUAUCCAAAGAGUGAUUUUUAUGUAUAUGAUAUUGAACAAAAUCAUUGGACUUUAAUUUGCACUGAUACUAGUAGAAUGGGAGGUCCUAAAUUAAUAUUUGAUCAUCAAAUGGUUAUGGAUUCUAUUUCCUCAACAAUUUAUGUAUUUGGUGGAAGAAUAGUUGCUUCAUCUUCUAGGUGUACAGAUGAAUCUCAAAAAAACAAUCCUGACUUCUCAGGAUUUUACAAGUAUCAUAUUCCCACAAAUACUUGGACUUGUAUUUUACCUGACACAUUUCAUGAAGUAAAAGUUCAAGAUGGAAUUCUUAUUCAUAAUCCACAAACUGUUGCAUCACGUGGUGGUCAUUCCAUGCUUCUACAUCCUAAAUUAAGAAGAAUAUAUAUUUUUGGUGGUCAACGACAGAGAUGGGCACAAAAAUGUCCGGAAUUUUUAUGGUACGAUAUUAAUACUGGUAUAACUCAAGCUAUACCUCUACCAUCAACUGUUGAAAAACCUCCAAUGGGAUAUACUCAACGAGCAACUAUAGAUAUUGACCUUGAUGAAAUAUAUGUUUUAUCUAGUCUUAGUAAAGAUAAAGACCGCAGAGAAGAUAAAGUUCAAAAUGCUUUUUGGAUAUAUUUUAUCAAACAAAAUAAAUGGGUGUGUAUUUAUAAAAAUUAUAAUUCAGAUGAACAAUAUUGGGAUAAAAUGCAGCAUAUAGAACCAUGUCCUCGUUUUGCAUAUCAACUAGUAUAUGAUCAUACUAAUAAAGUACAGUACUUAUUUGGUGGUAAUCCAGGAAAGCCAGACGCUCAAAAUUUAAGGCUUGAUGAUUUUUGGAAACUGAGUAUACAUAGAUGUACUCACCAAGAACUUAGCCGUCAAUGUAAGCUGCUUAUUCGGAAACACAAAUUUCAAGAACUUAAAAAAAAAGACAAAGUAGCUGCAAUGCAGUUUUUACAAACCUCAGUUUCAGAGCAAAUAGAUCAUUCAGAUUUAGCCCAAACGCAAGAAUUUCAGGAAACGGCAGCUUUAUUGUUUAAGGAUGAUAAUCUAACAGGUGAUAUUACUGAACAAGUACAUGAAUGGCGUUGUAAUUUGUUUGAUAAACUAUGUGAUUUUUUCCCGAAAUCUAUGGUCCAACCUAAAGAAAAUUUAACUGAUAUAAUACCUUUAUAAUGUAUAACUAUCCGACAAUUAAUUUUAAAAAUAUAUUUCUGAUAAAAUAAAAUAGUUUAAAGAUUAAGUUAAUCAUAGCCUAUAUAUAAUGAUCAACUGUUCCAAAUGUAAAGAAAUUAAAACAUAUUUUUUUACUCCUAAAUUUAAUUUCUAUAUUCAUGACUUUAAAUACCAAAAUAAAUUGGUAAUACAUUUAGUGUUAUGAUGAUAUUAGUAAAUGACUAUUGUAACAUUGAGUUCAUAAAAUAUUUAUAUUUAAUAUUGUAUAGCUCUAAAUUAAAUUAUUUUUUUCAAUUUUACACCAUCUUUGUAUUCAUUA